CAUGACGCUGAGAAAGCGAAGAAACAAGCUGGUUUUUCAAGAUUUUUCUGUUGCGCUCCAAAGAGUGGAUGGGGCGUGAACUGAAUUUGUUAUAAUCAAUCUUUUGACACUAGACAUAGUCCAUCGAUAUUUUAGGCUAUGGAGUCCAGUAUAGCAGGCUGAACUGAAAUAACCUAUACGUAACGGGAGGUUUUCAACACGCCCAAAGCAAGCAUCCACUGCGCACCGCCAGACUGCCUCACGGAGAACACUCACAUAAUUGUCCCUAAAAGCGGUUUCCAACCCACCGAAGAGACGGUCGAUUGAGAGUGUGAGAAGCACACAGAAAAGAUGAGCACAAGAAGGGGAUAGAUAAAAGGAAAGAGAAAAACGUGGAGCGCCUGGACCAACCCCUAAUAAGGACUUCCGACAUAUUGAAUAACCUCCGAAAAGUUGUUAGAAAGAACAACCAACACUUUGGAACAUUUUUGAAAUAUUUUCCUCCUGGUUUGAUUUCAGAAUAAUUUAGCGAGAAGUGAAGCUUCCUGCUGUUUUUCUGUUUUUCAUAAACCCCUGACUCAUUUUGGACCACUCCAGUUGGAUGAAUAGUCUUUUUGAUUUGGAGCCACUGAUUGAUAGUGGUGUAAACUGGUGAUAGAUAAGGGGAAUUUUGGCGAUCUGUUGCUUUCUCUUUCUCUUUUGUCUUGCAGCUUAUUUUGGCAUUUGUUGUUUUAAUAGUUUCCUGUAAGUGGAAGAUAAAAGGGCUUGGCUAUUGGCUGUCAAUUUUGUUCUGGUUUUGCCCGAGAGCAAUUCCUUAUGUGUGUGUGAGUGUGUGAGAGAGAGAAUUGGAGUGUGUUUGUGUUAGCAUAUGUGAGAGAACCUUCCUCACAGUUAUAUUUGCCUAUAGCAAGAGCAGAGAGUCAUAUAAGUAUUUGCGUGUCACUUAUUAGGAAAAUGGGAUCGGAAAAAGACUCUGAUUCCCCCCACUCGUCAGUGAGUGGAAUUCCAAAGCCCAAAUGCCGGGCACCGGGAAAACGCCAAGGACGCAUGUCUUUCCACAGCUUCUUCAACAACAAACGGGUUUCCCGUGGUGCCCAACCCGGGCCGGCCGCCCCUUUAUCCCAGCCCCAUAACCAACAACAACAGCGUACCCCACAAGUUCCCCCCGCGGUACCUCCCACCCCAAACCUACCCCCCGGCACGGGCCCGGACGGCCCACAGGACCCAGCCACACCCCCCGUCUCCGCCCCGGCGGAGCCCCCCUCAUCCAGUCGGCCGUCCCCGUGUCCCCCCCAGUCGCCCGGGUCCGGCGCCUCUCCUCCGGCGGACUUCCUGGAGUGCCCUCUGUGCCUGGUGCGCCAGCCUGCGGGACAGCUCCCGGCACUCCUGGGCUGUGGCCACCGCUCCUGCCUGUGUUGCCUGCGCCAGUACCUGCGCAUCGAGAUCACCGAGAGUCGCGUCAACCUCAGCUGCCCCGAGUGUUCGGAGAGGCUGGCGCCGCACCAGGUGGCGGACAUCUUGGACGACUCGGCGCUGCUGGAGAAGUACGAGGAGUUCCUGCUGCGCCGCUGCCUGGCCUCGGACCCUGACUGCCGCUGGUGUCCAGCGCCCGACUGCGGGUUCGCGGUGAUUGCUUCGGGCUGUGCCAGCUGCCCGAGGUUGGUGUGUCGCAGGGAGGGCUGCGGCGCGGAGUUCUGCUACCACUGCAAACAGGCUUGGCACCCGAACCAGACCUGUGAUUCGGCCCGCCAGCAGAGGGCGCUGUCCCUGCACACGCACAGCAACCACUCACCCAGCUACACACAGGAACACGGGCCCGCUGACGACAUCAAGCCGUGCCCGCGAUGCGGUGCCUACAUCAUCAAGAUGAACGACGGCAGCUGCAACCACAUGACGUGCGCCGUGUGCGGCUGCGAGUUCUGCUGGUUGUGCAUGAAGGAGAUCUCUGACCUCCACUACCUCAGUCCAUCAGGGUGUACGUUCUGGGGAAAGAAGCCAUGGAGUCGUAAAAAGAAGAUUUUGUGGCAGCUUGGUACUCUGAUUGGAGCGCCAGUUGGCAUCACUCUCAUAGCUGGCAUCACUGUGCCUGCCAUGGUCAUUGGCAUCCCUGUCUAUGUGGGACGCAAGAUCCACGCCCAUUAUGAGGGGAAGAAGACCAAUCGCCACAGGAGGAACCUGGCCGUCUCCGGAGGGGUGGCGCUGUCAAUCAUCACCGCUCCGGUUAUAGCGGCCGUCAGCGUUGGCAUCGGCGUGCCCAUAAUGUUGGCGUACGUCUACGGCGUGGUGCCCAUCUCGCUGUGCCGCGGGGGUGGCUGCGGUGUCAGCCGAGGGAAGGGCCGCGGUGUACGGAUCGACUUCGACGAGGACGACGGCCCGAUCACUGUGGCGGAUGCGUGGCGGGCCCUGAAGUCCAAUAGCCUGGGCGAUAGUAGCCUGGAGGGGGCAGCCAGUGGCCUCAGCACCACCUCCCCGAGCGAGGGGCUCUCCGUGGCUCCCGGGGGCUUGGGGAACACCCCCCACUUCAACACUCUGGCCGGGGGGGCCCUCGGAGCCAGGGCUGGCAAAUACAACAGGUUGGAGCUCCAAACAGGGGACCUGGGGAAGGACAGUGCCCAAAGGGACACCGGUAGUCUGGGAGCCGGCAGUGACUGUGUCAGCACUAGGGGAAUGGCAGGCUCCAUCGUCUCCUCCUACACACUCCCGGAUAGGGAGUGCACUAAUCUUGAGAUCCAGGUGGACAUUGAGACCAAACCCAGCCACCUCUGCCUAACCAGCGAGGAAGACCUAACUCCUCCCCCUAUUUCCAUGGCACCAUACCCGAGCUCUGGGGGGGAGGAGCCUCAGGACUGCAGCUCCCGAAGGGGCGGGGCUCUGUCCGGCUCAGCAUUGGGCCUGUCGCCCGGAGCGUCUCUCAGGGAGGGGCUUCGCGAUGUCACUCUGGCCCAGCCAGAGAGCAUCCGUAGUGAUCUGGAGAUGUCGGACACCCAGUCGGACGAUAUCGCCGACCUGACGUCAGACGACUGCGACUCUCCUCACCCCAAGAGCUGCCGAACCUCUCACCAACCACAGACCACCUGCAGACCGCUUCACACCUCUGAAGGCCUCCACUGCCCUCCGGAUAAUGUCAUCCUUUAUGUUUAACUGUCUGACUUUGAGUGCUCUCAGAGGUUGCACAAAUCUCACUUGUUUUUUUUUUAGGUAAUCUCCUAAUUUGUUGAUUUACCAUUUUUCUAGGGAAUCCUUUUCUUUUUUUUUUUGCUGCUUUGUGAUUUACUAAUGUCUUACCUACAGACGACAGCCAUCUAUAUGUGUAUGUCAGCAUUUCUAUCAACCUGUUGAUCUCUUUAGAGAGAAUCAUCAGGGUCCUACCUCUCUUGAUUUAAUGUUUUUUUUUUUGUUUCAAUUCUUGGUGCAAAAAUGCCUUGGCUAACUAAGCAAAAAAUGUAAAAAGGUUCAACUAGAGGUACAAAUUUAACAGAAAAGAAUGACUGCCAAAAAAAAUGUAAGGGGAAAUAAGGUGAAACUUCACCAAGCACACCGAGUGAAGGAUUCUGGGAAAUGGAGUUUGUACUAUGGAAGGGAUGUUUAUAGGGAUGUUUGAGUGGGGCGUUUGUACUGGACUUGGAUUUCCAAUUUUUUGUAUUUAUAACUGAAUGAUUUUUGAAAGAUAUUCAAAUGUGUGCAUGAGUCUGCAUGAACUGUGUUUUGUAUGGAUUAAUAGGCCUACAAACGUAGUAUGUAACUAUUACACAUUGGUGGAGUUUACUGUAGUUUGCACAGAGACUUGAUUUAGGGGCAAUCUGCACAUGAAUGUCACCUACACAGAGAGGGAGAUUUUAGGGUUCAAUGAAAGUUGAUGCUGUGGGAGAUAGGGAAUGUCUUGUCUUAACCAGCAAAGAGGUCCACUUGAAUGACUGACUACCUGCCUUACAGACAGCGAUGACACAUUCACUGACAAACACACUGGCUUUCUGACACACUUGCCGUCUGACCUACUCUAAAGUGCGUGUGCGUGCGUGUGUGUACGUGUGUACGUACGUGUGUACUGUAUAUGUAUAGGAGAUUGAAGUGUGCUAUUCAGUCACAAAUACUUGUUGUAAAGACCAUCAACAGAGGGGCAAGCAGUUUGAUGCACAAUACACAGUUACAGUGUAAGACUAAUAGAAUGGUUGGAUUCCUUGUGAAUGUAUUGGUUUGUCCCACUAUAAAGUUAAUUUAUGAAUGAGCACUUGUGCACUUUAUCUAAGCAUUUUUUUGGGGCUAAUCCUCUUUCUCAAAUUACUGUCUAGGUUUUCAUACUUGUAAAUCUGUAGCCAACUAUUUUUCUUUUACUUUUCAAAGAAUGAGAAGUGCUUGUUUUUGCUAUUCACCAACUAUAUAUUUCUGUUUCUUUUAAAACGUCCUCAGUUGCUGUAGUCAUUCUGAGGAAUCUGUAUGGUGACGUUCCAUUUGUCAAUCAAGGUUCAUUGGGAUGUGAUCAUAUGAUUGGUCAUGCUCAGUCCGGUCUGUUGAUGGAAUUCAGUUUACGCUUCUUUCUGCCUGUGAGAAACCACAUGAAUGUACCAUGGAUUAAAAGAAAUAUCUAUCCUUAAUAUGCGGGGAGAAUUUACCUUUAGGAACACAUGUGGACAAAAGUUAUAUAUAAAUAGCAAUAUAAAAGUAUUAUAUAUAAAUGUGUAUCUCCUGGUACUGUUUUCAGAGCCCCUAUAGAACACAGGACUGUGAAAAAGUCAUUGUGGAAUUUUUUGGGGGAUAAAUAAUAAACACGAAUUUCAGUUGCAUCACUAAUUUCUUAUUCUUUUAUUUUGUGAAAUUACUUGGGUAGAUCAUGGCCUUGAAACUCUGAAAGGUGAAUUUGGCUCUUCUGAUUCGGGAAUUCGGGAAAUGUCUGCUUAAUGAAAACUGAACCUGGAUUCUCAUAAGGUAAUUCUAAUGAGGUACUUCUAUCUAAAUGUUGAACCAUUGAAGUAAAAAAUAAAUUAAAUUCUACACACGCAU